GCUGAUUGGUGACAGCUUGGCACAUUUAGAAACUCCUGGGUAAGCGACAAACAGCAAACCAUUUCGUCACUCACUGGCUCUGCCAGUGACCCGCCAAUCGCAGCCAACGGCCGAUCUUUUUGCCUCCAUUUAUCGUCAACUUAAAAAUCGCCGAUUCAACACUAGUCUGUCCACCUGAUAUUUUUAAUUUCAAUUUCUCGUCCUCGGUACUAUUUUCGACUUGUUUCUCUUCUUCCUUUCUCUCUUCCGUGUCCGACUCUGCAAAAGUUUUUUUUGUUUCUAACAGAGAAGGUCCAGACGCAGGGAAAGAGAAAGAAGAGAAACAAAAACCAAAGGCGUGAUCCCUAAAUAGUUUCUCUUUGUUCUCUCAUCAAUGGAGUAUCACCAUCACCAAGCUUCCUCUGCUACAGCUUUCUCCAAUAAGGUCGCUAACGGUGGAGUCUUAGCUGGAAAGCACGCGUACGACGGUAUUUUUGGUUGUGUACCUAAGCCUGGGUCUCGAAUGGAGGAUUACAGAGAGAUAUUUGGUGGCGCUGGUGCUUGUUCGAUUCCGAUUCUCGAUUUCCCUGAGCUGAAGGACAGAAAGGCUUCGAUGGACGCACGAAGCUCGAGGCCAGACUACUCGAAGAUUUUUGGUGGUUUUGCAGAGACGGAUUUUGCUGUGCCAUAUGAGGAAUUGUUUUCAAAACCAAAGAAAGUGAAGAAUUCGUCUCAGGAAGCUCGGGCUACAGAUAAAGCCAAGUUCUGCUCUGCAGGGCCAGAACACUUUAAUAGUUCAGAACAGAAACAUGCACCAUUACCUGAAGUAUCUUCCCAGACGCUUGAUGGUGGGAAACAAAUUAACCUAUCAUAUAACAAGAGCAACCCGGAAAGCAAAAGUGGGACACAUGGAAUGACCAAUGUUGGUCAGCUCCACGCCACUCCUGGUUCUACUUGUUUGAUUGAUGAAAUCACUCCCUCGCAGAUGACUGAAGGUGACAAGGUAGUAUACUCAGUAUCAAAUGAUGCUAAUCUGAAUGUCCAUGUCAGUGAGGGCAUAAAGCAAAGCAAACCUUUCAGGAAAAUUGUGUCAGGUCCAAUUAACCUGUCAUGUAAUAAGGCCAACCCAGAAACCAAAAGUGGUGGAAUCACUAAUAUUGGUCAGCUCCAAGACAUACCUGGUUAUACUUGUUCGAUUGAUGAAAUCACUCCGUUGCAGAUGACUGAAGGUGACAAGCGAGUACACACAGUAUCAAAUGAUGCUCCUCUGAAUGUUAAUGUCAGUGAAGGGGUAAAGCAAAGCAAACAGCUGCGGAAAGUUGUGUCAGUUCCGAUCAACCUCUCAUAUAAUAAGAACAACGUAGAAAGCAAAAGUUGCACAAAUGGAAUGACAAAUACUGGUCAGCUCCAUGCUGUUCCUGGUUAUACUUCGACUGAUGAAAUCACUCCUUUACAGAUGACCGAAGGUGGCAAGCCAGUACACACAGUAGCAAAUGAUGGUCAUCUGAAUGUUAAUGUCAGUGAGGGCAUAAAGCAAAGCAAACCACUCCGGAAAGUUGUGUCAGGUCCACAACCUAGAGAAUCUGCUAAAAACAGUUCUAGAGAUCAUGCCAACUUUCAGAAAAAAUCCAGCAGGAAUAAAUCCUUUUCAAAUGAUAUAUCAUUUGAUGCAUUUGAAAAUGGCUUUGGCAUGCAGCAAUCGACAUUGUCACCUCUAAGCUCAAUGCCUAAUUUAGGUAAUAAUAGGGAUGGCACUAUGAGGUCUAUGAAUUCGAAGUUUAGGUUUUUUAGUGAUGCUGCUUCUGAAGGCGCUGCUGGUAGUUAUUCACCACCUUCAUUGGAUGAUGAAAUAGAUACUAAUUCAGCUGCAGCUGCCUCUGCCGCUGCUGUAAGGAAGGCAAUAGAAGAGGCUCAAGCAAAGAUUAAAAUAGCCAAAGAAUUAAUGGAAAGAAAGAAGGAAGGACUUCCAAAUCGCUCGAGAUCAAAAUUUAGUAAUCGCUUGAAAGAUGAGAGAAGGGAGGUUGACGCUGCAGAAAAAGCAAAUAGAUCCAAAGAGAAGCCCAAAGAAAUGCUUUGGAAACCUUGUACUCCACAGCAAGAUUUUUCCAGCUUACCAGAGCACAUUGCAACACAAGCAAGCCAUGUAACCCCUGAAUUCAGAAAUGCAAAGAAAUCAUCUCUUAUGGAAAAUGCUAUGGGAGAUACAAACACCACAGGUUACAAAUUGGCUGAAGUGGAUAAUAGGAUGGAAUCAGAAAGCAUAAAAGCAAAAGAUGAGUUUUCUGAACCUGUUGAUACCAGUGCACAUAGAGCAAUGACAAUGGAGGUUGAGCAAGAAAAAAAUGCUGAGAGAAUGAAACUAUCAGCUAGUGAGAACAAAUGCAAGGAGAAGAUGACUAGAGAGGAAAACAUCAAGAAGCAACUGGAGUGUGAUAAUGAGAAAUUAAAAUCAUUUGAGAAGCUGGAGAAGGUGAAGAGGGAACUAAAUUCAGUGGAAGUAGGAUUUGAGUGGGAUGUGUACAGAAACAAUAUCAAGCCAGCUGAAGAGCUUCAUCUUCAAAUUGAAAAUGAAAAGAAAAAUAGAGUUGCUUAUGAGCGUGAAGAAGCUGGUCUAACUUCUAAAGUGCCCAGUGAACAGGAAGAAUGUGAGAGCACAGAGAAAUGGUUGCAUGAAUCAGAAGAAAAUAAAGAACUUGAAAUCCAAGAUUUAGAAGAAAACAAAGACAAAGAGGAACUAAAAGAAUCUCAGAAUUUGGUGAAAAUUGAGAAGAAACAGAGAGAGGCACACAAUCAAGAGGAAAUGGAGAAUAGAUUUAAUGCAGUUCCAGUGGGACGGGAGAGUAAGAGUAGAUUAGAAGAAACUUGUAGCUAUAAAGGAAAUGAGAACGGACAGAAGGAAGAUUUGGAGGGGUUGGGAAGUGAAAUGAAACAACAAGAGGGUCCAUAUCAGCAAGAGAAUGAGAAGAAACUCGGUGAUGCCAAUUCAGAUGAUUCUGAGAAGUUUUUUCAAGUUCAUGAACAGGAAGUAAUUAAGGUGAGAUAUAAUCCGGACAUGGAAGGAAGUGAGGGGAUGCUUGGAGAGGAUUGUGUAACUAAAGGAAAUAAGAAACUGGAAGAGACCAAACAGAAUGAGAAGACACAUGGAGAGGAUUGUGGAACAAAAGGAAAUGAGCAACUGGAAGAGACCAAACAGAAUGAGAAGACACAUGCAGGGGAUUGUGGAACAAAAGGAAAUGAGAAACUGGAAGAGACCAAACAAAAUGAGAAGAUGCUUGGAGAGGAUUGUGGAACAAAAGGCAAUGAUAACUGGGAAGAGACCAAACAGAAUGAGAAGAUGCUCAAAGAGGAUAAUCAGAUGGAUGAAACAGAGGAAGUCAUGACUUGUGAAGUGUUAGAAACUGAGCGCAAACAACAACAGAUUCAUCUGAGGGCGGAGGACGAGAGCAAUUUAGAAGCAACUCAACAGGCUUUGAGAUACCAGGAGAACAAUCUUGAAACAAAUAAUGAUGUUUACAAAGUAGAUGAAAAUGGAAAUGCAGGCAAAGCUGACGAUGCUGGUGGCUAUGGAGAUAAAGAAAGAUUGGAACAUGUAAAAUUAACUGCCGAGAUAUUUGCAUUUGAAGAGAAUGGGAAGAUGAUGGACGCAAGUGAAGAUUCCUUUCCUGAGGAGACUGGAAAAGGUUCAGAAGCAACUGAAGAGGCAAAUGAUCUGGUGGAAGAAGAGAACUUUGAAACUGGUGUCCCAGAACGAGAUCUCCCUGGUUUUGAUGGGAUUAAGAAGCAAACAACUGAUGUGUGUUUAGGUGAAACAGUUGUCACCCUCGAUCACAAACUAAAUGAAUUUCAUGUGGCAGAGUAUGAGAAAAUCCAUGAAGGGGAAAAGCUUACUGAAGAAGAAACCUCUCAUUUGGAUGAAAAUGAGAAGGAUGACAGUGAGUCUGAAUUUGGCCCCAGUUAUGAAGAAAAUGAGAGUAAUUCUGCAUCUUCUCAGGAGGAAAGAUGGUUAGUUAAUGGCAUAGAGUCUAAGACACUGUCUGACUCGGUAAUGCAUGUUGAAGAAGCAGCUUGUGAACUGGGAGAGAAUAACAAGGACAUGGAGGAAUCUGAAGUUCCUUCUAAUCACGAAGAAGUUGAGACUUAUUUUGAAUCUUCUUCCGAGGAAAGAUGGAUAAAUAAUAGGAUUGACAAGCAAGCAAUUCAGCAGCCACAUAUUCUUGAGGGGGAAGGAAUAAACAUGGGAAUAUCGCAAGAGGACAGAACAAACAAAAGCACUGAUAAAAAGGAGGUGAAGUAUCUUGAGAAUCUGAUGGUGAAGAAGAAAGUUGAAGGUUUGCAAAAGGAAGUGGAGUCGGAAAAGAAACAUCAUGGAAGAAAGGAAGAAGAAAAAGCUAGGGAAAUGGAAAAGGAAAGAAUAGCUGUGGAAAGAGCAAUCCGAGAAGCUCGUGAAAGGGCUUUUGCUGAAGCUCGAGAAAGGGCAGCCGCAGAAAGAGCAGCUGCAGGAGCUCAUCAAAGGGUAAUGGCAGAUGCUCGAGAAAGGUUAGAGAAGGCAGGUGCUGAGGCUAAUGGUAAGUCAGCAGCAGAGAAGGCAUCUAUGGAAGCCAAACUAAAGGCAGAGAGGGCUGCAGUUGAGAGAGCAACUGCAGAGGCCAGGGAGCGUGCCCUGGAAAAGGCAUUGUCUGAGAAAGCUUCUUUUAAGGCAAGAAAUCAAGCGGAGACGUUCUCUGGUGCUUCAAGAGAUGGAAUAAAAUCCAGCGAUCAACAAUAUAAAGAUCCAUGUCCUUCCAACAGUUCCAAAUAUCCAAGCACUUCAAAUCAUGAUGGGAGAUUUAACGGUGGUAAUGGUGAAUUAGCCGAAAGGUGUAAAGCUACAUUAGAAAGGAAUCAAAGGACAGCCGAACGUGCGGCAAAAGCUCUUGCAGAGAAGAAUAUGCGGGAUCUUCUUGCUCAGAAAGAACAAGCUGAGAGAAAUAGAUUAGCAGAAACUCUGGAUGCUGAUGUCAAACGGUGGUCAAGCGGGAAGGAAAGGAAUUUGCGUGCCUUGCUCUCAACACUACAAUAUAUCCUGGGCCCUGAUAGUGGUUGGCAGCCAAUUCCUCUCACAGAUCUUAUAUCAACUGCUGCAGUGAAAAAGGCUUACCGCAAAGCCACUCUUUUUGUUCAUCCUGAUAAGUUGCAGCAAAGGGGUGCAAGCAUACAACAGAAAUACACAUGUGAGAAAGUUUUUGACCUUCUAAAGGAUGCUUGGAACAAAUUUAAUGCAGAAGAACGUUAGAUUAUCCGUUCAUCUCCUCAAAAGUAGCAUACACCAUGUUUUUAUUAUAAAUUGCAGCAGAACACAUUUCCACAUUUGAAGCCUCUGGUGUACAAAUAAGAAAAUUAUCUAGGGAUUCUUUUUCUCAUUAUGCAGCUUCAGAAAGACAGAUGGGAUGGCGGUGAUGGGUGGAACAUUUCAAUAAUGUAUUAGCGUGCUGCUGAAAUUCAAUGGAAACAUAAUGUUGAACUUGAAUAUAUACGAGAAUGAAAUACUAAGUACGAUGAAACUUGCUGGAGCAA